UUGACAGUGUUCCUGUUUUGAGUUUAGCUUGAGUUUCUUCGUGUUAAGCAUUUAUUAAGAUGGUUUAAGUAACAACAUGACAUGUGGUCAUGCAAGAGAAGGAUUCACCUGCAGCAAGUAUUUUCAUUGCCCCACUGUUGAGCGCUUUUCGCCUCUGAAUUUUUCAACAGUUUGGCUAUUUUUGCUAGUAUUACUUAACAGCAGCAGAUCAACAACAUUUCCUCCAGAGAUUUAAACAGACAGGUAAGAAGUUUACCUGAGCUGCUGCCAUGGUGGUGGAGGAGAAACCUACUUCAGGUCUGCGCACCAAAAUGAAUGUAGUGCGACAUUUGGUCAACUUUGGCGUCAAUCCUGCAGCACUGGCUUAUGCCAUGACUACUCUGGGAUCUUGCAUGAUAAACAAUAUAUUCAGCUUCUACUAUGUCAAACUCUUUCUCAAUAAGUACAAGAUAUCAGAGGGAGCAUUUCACCAAUCACAAGUGGUGUACAUGGUGUGGAAUGCAAUCAACGACCCUCUUUUUGGCUACCUGCAAGACAACUCCAAAGUGCGUUGCUGCUCUCAGCGGCGUCUCUCCAUUCUGUAUGGUGCUCCCCUCUACUCACUGGCUUUUCUUAUAGCCUGGUUCCCAUGGCGGUCCUACACCCCUGGCGACUGGAUGAGUGGCUUACAUUUGAUGGUGGCGCUGUGCGCUUUUGAUGGCAUGCUCACUUUUGUGCUGCUGGCCCAAUGUGCCUUGUUUGCAGAGAUCUCCAGCCACCAUCAGAGCCGGUUAAGGCUUGUAAAGUACAGCCAGGUGGCUUCUCUCAUCGGCUCCUCCAGCGUGCUUUUCUGUGGUGUGAUGUCAAAAAACAUGGCAGACUUCAUGGCCUUCCAAGGCUUCACAGUGAUAAUCGCUAUCCUGAGCUGUGUCUGCAUGCUCUACACGGGCCUCCACAGUGAGAGCCGCUUUGAUAAUAAAGGAUCUGAGUCAGAUACACCGGAGUCUGUUGAUCAGUCAGAAUUUUCCUUCUCCAUGUUAAGAAUGUUGAUGCGGCAAAUCAUCACCAACAGGGACUUUAGGCAAUUUGUGAUCAUGAACUUCUUUCAGGUUUUCAUUUUGGCUUUCUUUAAUAAUUUUACCAUGAUAUUUUCGGAGCACCUGAUUCCCCCAGAUGUGCUUCCGUCCCUAGCCAAGAGCAUCAUGUACGGAGCGGGUUUCAUCUGCCCACAGCUGUUAGUUUUGAGCUGUGGGAAACUGCUCCAUGGUAUUGGCUACUACAGAAUCAUUCUCUUCACCUUCUACAUGGAGGCUGGAAUGGCAGCCAUAAUGCUAUCACUUGGUCCUCAGCACUACUAUAUCCUGGCGUUUUUCCUCACUGUUAACAUGGUCAUAAUUCAAGCAGCCUUCAGUCUUUUCAGCUUGCCUUUGGCCGAUAUCAUUGACACAGACCUGCAGAAGUACAAACGCAGCUCUCCUCUCUCCUCUAUGGUGUUUGGGACGAAUGCUCUGUUCACCAAGCCGGCUCAGUCUCUGGCCCCGAUGAUAGUGCUUAAUAUCCUCAACCAGUUUGGAUAUGAACAGCUGAAGGAUGCUGGAAGGGAUUCAAAUUCAAGUGCCUUGGAGAGCCUCCACAGUGUCAUGUUCUACUUGGUGUGUUUGGUGCCUAUGUGUGUCGCUGCUGCACAAGUCGUGGCUUGGAGGCAGUUUUCCAUAUGCAGCAGUCACACAGUUGACACAAAGUAUAUAGAUGGCUAGCUUCACUAUUUUCAGCAACCAGCACACAGAGGAAGCUGGUUGCCCUUUCUCAAGUUAAGGGUUGGGGAAAGUGAGAGGUUAUGUUAAUGGUUUUUGUAAUUCUGAAAGCAAUGUGUAAAUUAAUGUAUAUAUGAGAUAAUCCAGGGUUAUAUUGAUGUUGUAAAUCAUAUUGGGGUGCUGACAGGUGAUACCAAAUCGAUAAAUAUCAAACAUUUAAAGUACAUUUAAAUGUUUGAUGAGGGGCAUUACAUCCUGAAUGACCACUUGUUUGAUUUAAAACGUGCAUAUCACACAUACUUUUUUUAUAGAUUUCUUCAAAUAAUUUCUAAUCUUGAAAGUGCACUGAUGAGCCUGUAACUACUCCUUUACUAAAUGUAACUGCGUCAUCCUUUUUGCCCACUGGAAAGCUGGACCAAAUCUUAAAGUUUUUUCAGUGGUGUUAAAUCUCAGACACUUUGUCCAGUCCAAUUAGCCAAAAUUAUAGCAUGAAUUCCUGAAACGGAAGUUUUGGCAGUAACAUCCAAAUAUCUGGUUUACAGUGUUAACAGCUAACGGUAAAUUGUCUCAAACCAAAACAGGUUGGGGAGAGAAACCUGGGAGCUCAACAUUAACAACUAACCUGUGUAUGUAGGAACAUUUUUCCAUUCUUGCUUGUAGAUUUGCUUAAAUACAUGUGAAGUGGUAUGUUAAAGACUUCACAUGCUUCACAGAUUUCACAUUCCAGGGCUGAUUGGUUGUAUGAUUGAAGGCAUUAUCUUAUUGCAAUACAUACACACAGUGAACCCCUAAAGCUCAAAACUGUAAUGGUUUUUACUUAAUAUACCAAUAUGAUUCUGUUAUAUUCAUAAUAUGGCUCCAUUU